AUGCGAAUACAAUCAAGUGGGGUCUCACUCCUCCUCACCGCUCUCGUCCCCGGCCUGGCCUCGGCGUCCGGCUUUGAUUGCCAACACAUCAAGGUCGACGGUUACAAAUAUGACCUCAGCCCCCUAAAAGGCGUCCACGAAGUGACACACGGCGUAACAACGGACGAUUUCGUUACCAAUACAACAUACCGCCUCAAUAUCUGCAAUAUUCUGGGUUCAGCAGCCCAUCAGGGCAAGGCCACGUGCGGCGCGAGCAGGAAUAUCUGCGGCUUCGUACAACGGUCUCCAAAAGAUGGAAACGGCGGCACCGAAUUCGGCUUCCCGAUCGUCGGACUCGACCACGGUGGUCAUGGCUCCAAGGACCCCGAAGUGAAGCGAUUGAAGCAAGAUAACCCCGACUCUGAAGGUCUCCUCGUUAAGCUCGCCGGUGGUGAAUACAAGGGCGAUGACAACGAGCAAAAAGCCAAGGCUGCAGGUGCUGUCAUUGAAUUCCAGUGUGAUCCCGAUAGAUCCGGACUGGAGGGGUUGCACACACUCCAAGAUACACUGGAAGAUACACCGGCGCAGAUUUUGCGACGUCUUACGGCUACCGCGGAUGAAGGCGAGACGCCAAAGAACAGCAGCCUCCAGUUCAGGAGUUUUGGUCCUGCAGAUGAUGAUACCUAUAUUCUGAGAUUGGAUUGGCGUACUCGAUAUGCCUGUGACGACUACCAGAAGCAGAAGGGAGACUCAUCUGGCUCGAAGAGCUGGGGUUUCUUCACUUGGUUGAUUAUAAUUGCCUUCCUCUGCACCGCCGCCUACCUUAUCUUCGGCUCAUGGCUAAACUACAACCGCUACGGCGCCCGCGGCUGGGACCUCCUCCCGCACGGCGACACCAUCCGCGAUGUCCCCUACAUCUUCCAGGACUGGCUCCGCCGUGUGAUCAAUACCCUGCAGGGAGCAGGCUCGCGGGGCGGAUACAGUGCAGUCUGA